AUGAUGGGAUACGGCGGUCAGCCCUUCCACCACCAGCAGUCGCAGCAACAACAACCACCGCAACAGCAGCAGCACCAGUCGCACCAAUCGCACCAACCACCUCAGGGCCACCCUCUUGGUCCGCAGCGGCAGCAUAUCGCCUCUCCGUCGCUGGGCUCGGCGCUGAAUAUACCCCAGCAUGGCACUAGUUCGUUUCCCAGCAAUAAGCCCCUGUUCCGGGCGGGGCCACCGCAACCCCAGGCCUUCAGCGCCGGCCAGUCGCCUGACUUGCGCAAAUCCAGUCCGCUAGCUGGAUAUCCGACCACCUCCAGCUACGGGCAAUUUUCGAGCCACUUUGCGCCCCAGACCUCUCCCGAUCUGAUGGCACGCCCGGAUAUGAUGUCGCGCAACUCCGAUUCGUUAGCCCUCCAGAAUCUUCAAAGAGGCUUCCAGAAUCCCAUGGCCCACGUCCGCCCCCAGCCGGUAAUGAGUCCGCCAAAUGCAAUGUCUCAGGGCCACGGCCUCAGCAUGCCGUCCCCUCAGCAGUCGCUGAACCGACUACCCCACUCCGGUAUGCAUCAGCGCGAUAGCCACACCUCCGCCAGUCCUUCCAUGGCCAGCCCGUCCAUGUUCGCGCUCAACCAGCAGCGUCAGCCUCAGUCUCAGCCGGGGUCGCCGCAGCAAACUCAGCAGCAAUUGCAACAACUCCAGCAGCAGAGGCAGCAACAACAACAGCAAUAUCAACAACAUCAUCAAGAACGGCUUCAGCAGCAACAACGAAUGGAGCAGCAAAGGCUGGAACAGCAGCGUCUCGAGCAGCAAAAGCAGCUUCAGCAGCAACGGCUGGAAGAGCAGCAACAGCAACAACGCCUCGAGCAGCAACGGCUUGAACAACAGCGUUUAGAGCAGCAGCGGCUUGAGCAGCAACGUAUCGAGCAGCAACGCAUGGAGCAACAACGCAUAGAGCAGCAACGCCUGGAGCAGCAACGCCUCGAGCAGCAACGCCUGGAGCAGCAACGUCUGGAGCAACAACGUCUGGAGCAACAAAAGCUCGAGCAGCAGCGGAUUGAAAAGCAGAAGCAACUGGAACAGCAGCAAAAGGAGCAGCAGCAGAAGCUGGAGCAGCAGCAAAAACUCGAGCAACAGCGUCUGGAACAACAAAAGCAACAUCAGCAACGGUUGGAACAGCAACGACUUGAGCAGCAAAAGCAGCAGCUUGAACAACAGAGGUUGCAAAAGCUGCAACAGCAGACUCAGGUCCAAAAUCAAUACCAGCAGCAACAAUCUCCGUUCCAGCAGCACACCUCGCAUCCAUUCCAUCAAUAUCAGCCGCAAGCCCAGGCUCAGUUUGGUCAACAGCAACCUCAAUUUUCCCAGUCCCAGCCUCAAUAUACUCAAUCCCCACAAGCUACCCAGUUCCAGCAUUAUCAACCACCCACGCAGUCCGCAGCCAGUCAAGCGUCCCAGCAAUCCGUUGGACCAUCUGUGCCGGCGCCUGGUAAUGUCAAGAUCAAGAAAGAACAGCCCAGCCCAGCUCCGAAAAAGAAGUCUAAGCCUCGCCCCUCUAUGGCUGCCCAAUCUCAAGCUACUCCUCAGCCUCCAACUGUCGCCAAUGCUCCCAUUCCAUCACCAGCCCAAGCACAAAAUAUGAAUGUGCCGACUAGUACUUCAGGACUUCAGACCAACGGACAAGCGCAGGUCUUGGGAACUGCAAUGGGGGCGACCGGUGAAACGCCAAUAACGCCGACGCCGACAAAGCGCAAACGUGGGCGGCCGCGGAAAGAGGAAGUCGCUGCCAGACAAGCUGCUGCUGCCGCUGCCGCUGCCGCUGCAGGUCUUCCAUAUCCCCCACCUCAGCCUGGACAGGCAUCUUUCAAUCCUAAUAUGACCCCAACUGUACCCGGCUCUACGGCCUCAGGAACCACGAGAACGCCGAUCAUCGGCCCCGAUGGAACCCCGUUGCCAUUCAAGCGCAAGCGUGGUCGUCCCAGCAAGGCUGAUCAGAUUGCUUGGUGCACUGCCAUGGGCCAACCAUUACCGCCGCCUAAGCCGAAGAAGCCUUCAACCGCAAAAUCUAACAAAACCGGUCGACCCCGUGGCAGGCCUCGAAAAGCAGACGUCGCCGCGGCGGCUGCGGCUGCUGCUGCUGCCGCCGCCGCUGACGGGGAUCAGGCGCAAGGAGAGAACACACCUCAGAUGGGGGACAUCACUGAUACGAAUGCGGUUCAGAAACGUGCACUGUCUGCGAAUGAUGAUGAUCCACGGAAACGGCCCUGCCCAACGCCUCCAUAUCCACAGCAACAACAAGGCCAUGGUAUGCAACAGCAACAGGGCCAGACUCUUCCCCCUCACAGCCAACCGCACUCCCAACCGAGCCAGACUUUACCCCCUCAGAUACAUCAUCACGGUAUGCCGCCGACUCAGCAUAUUCCGUCGGCUCAACACAUCCCCUCAACCCAGCACAUCCCGUCAACCCAGCAUAUUCCGUCGGCUCAGCAUAUCGCCCAGUCUGGUCAGCAUCUGUCACAUCCACACCACGCUCAGCAUCACCAGCCCAAUCCACAGCUUCCACCGCAGCCUGGGCAUCCUCUGUCAAUGACAUCGCAUAUGCAGAUGCACCAACAGUCUCCUGUGCACCCUUCUCGCCAAACCCCUCCUCAUCCGUUUAUGCAGUCUCAGAUGCCAUCGAUGCAACAAUCAAUGCAUCUUCCGCAGCCAAUGCAUGGACAUCCUCAGUCCCAGUCGCAGCAGCAGCAGCAGCAUCAGCAACAUCAUCAGUCGCAAACUCCACAACUUCAAGGACAAAGUAGGCAACCUGCCCAGCAGCAGGCCCGUGCACCGCCUCCUCCUGCACCUCAGCAUCAACAUCAACAUACCUUCCAAGUCCAGCUCCAGCCGCAGACGACCUAA